AGUCCUGAGAAUCACCUUGAUCCAUCCAUCGAUGCAUACCAAAAGGCAUCCUGAUGUGAAGUUACUCAGAUUGUUGCCCAGUUGCCGUGCCUGUCAGGGCCAGUACUGUGACAUCUGCUCUUCUGCAAACAGCAACAAGGCUCACCCCAUAACAAAUGCCAUUGAUGGGACAGAGCGCUGGUGGCAGAGCCCCCCUCUUUCCCGGGGGCUGGAGUUCAACCAGGUCAACGUCACUUUGGACCUUGGACAGCUCUUCCACGUAGCAUACGUCCUGAUCAAAUUUGCCAAUUCCCCUCGUCCUGACCUCUGGGUGCUGGAGCGAUCGACUGACUUCGGCCUUACCUACGAGCCCUGGCAGUAUUUUGCCUCUUCCAAGAGGGACUGCAUUGAGAAGUUUGGACUGCAAACUGUGGAUCGUAUCACCAAGGAUGACCAUGCCAUCUGCACUACUGAAUAUUCCCGGAUCGUGCCUUUAGAAAAUGGAGAGAUUGUUGUCUCUCUGGUAAAUGGACGCCCGGGAGCCAUGAACUUCUCCUACUCUCCUCUCCUGCGGAAUUUCACAAAAGCCACCAACAUCAGGCUGCGCUUCCUGCAGACAAACACGCUGCUGGGGCACCUGAUGGGCAAAGCUUUAAGGGACCCUACGGUGACAAGAAGGUAUUAUUACAGUAUCAAAGAUAUCAGCAUUGGAGGGCGCUGUGUCUGCCAUGGCCACGCAGACGUCUGUGAUGCCAAAGACCCAAAUGACCCUUACAGGCUGCAGUGUGACUGCCAGCACAACACCUGCGGCGGGUCCUGCGACCGCUGCUGCCCCGGCUUCAACCAGUUCCCGUGGAAGCCUGCCACUGCCGACAGCGCAAACGAAUGCCAGCCUUGCAAUUGCAAUGGCCAUGCCUACGACUGCUACUACGACCCAGAGGUGGAUCGCCACAAAGCCAGCAAAAGUCACGAAGACAAGUUUGAAGGAGGAGGUGUUUGCAUUGACUGUCAGCAUCACACCACGGGCAUUAAUUGUGAGAGGUGCAUCCCAGGGUACUACCGGUCCCCUGACCACCUGAUCGACUCUCCAUACGUUUGCUAUCGCUGUAACUGUGAGUCUGACUUCACUGACGGCACCUGUGAGGACCUCACCGGCCGCUGUUACUGCAAACCCAAUUACACCGGGGAGCACUGUGAUGCCUGUGCCGAGGGAUACCUCAACUUCCCCCACUGCUACCCCAUUCCAGCUUUCACUCACAACGAUACUGGAGAACAAGUGCUCCCUGCAGGACAGAUAAUAAACUGCGAUUGCUACGCCGGUGGGACGGAAGGCAACGCCUGUCGCAAGGACCCUCGGGUGGGGAUGUGUGUGUGCAAACCCAACUUCCAGGGAACACACUGUGACCAGUGCGCCCCAGGCCACUACGGACCCACCUGCCAGCCCUGCCAGUGCUCUGGCCCCGGUCAGUACGAUGGCACCUGUGACAGCGAGACAGGGCAGUGUCUGUGUCGAACGGGAUUUGAAGGGCACUUGUGUAACCAGUGUGCUCCCGGCUACUUCAACUACCCUCUGUGCCAGCUGUGUGGCUGCAGCGCGGUCGGGACGCUGCCGGAAGGCUGCGAUGCUGUCGGGAGGUGUUUCUGCAGACUCGAGUUUGCUGGGCCACGGUGUGAGCAGUGCAGUCCUGGGCACCACUCCUACCCCCACUGCUACGCUUGCUCCUGCGAUGCCCGGGGUGCGGUGGACAACAACUGCAGCCCAGCUGGCCAGUGCCGAUGCCACGUGAAUUUUGCAGGACAUACCUGCAACCAGUGUGCCCUGGGCUUCUACGGGUACCCCAGCUGCACACCUUGCCAGUGUUCCCAGGAGGGCUCUCUGCACAGCACCUGCGACCAGGACACGGGGCAGUGCAGCUGCCGGCCCAAAGUGACGGGACUGCGCUGUGAUAGCUGCGUUCUGGGCGCCUAUGGAUUUCCACACUGCGAAGUGGGCUCCUGUAACCCAGCAGGGCUGGUGACUGAAGAUCCCUCACUGGUCCCGGGCUCCUGUGCAUGUCGGGCGUACGUUGAAGGCCCAGCUUGUGACAGAUGCAAGCCCUUAUACUGGAAUCUGACCCCAGAGAACCCCUACGGCUGCCUGAGCUGCAAGUGUGAUACCAAGGGCACCAUCAGCAGAAUCGCGGAGUGCCGGCAGGGUGACGGGCAGUGUUUCUGCAAACCAAACAUCUGCGGGCAGUUCUGCUCGGCGUGCAAAGACGGUUACUUCAAUAUGGAGAACGCAAAUUACUUUGGCUGCCAAGGCUGCCGGUGCGAUGUCGGCGGGUCCCUGGGGCCAUCCUGCGAGGAACGGAGCGGAGCCUGUCGCUGCCGGCAGAGCACACGUGGCCCCACCUGCACCCAACCCGCACAGGACCAUUAUUUCCCUGACCUUCACCACUUGAAAUUCGAGCUGGAGGAAGGCACUACACCGGCUGGCCGGGCUGUGCGCUUCGGCUACAACCCCCUGGAGUUUGAGGGCUUCAGCUGGCGAGGAUACGCACAGAUGUCCUCCAUCCAGCCCAAGGUAGUGGUGACCCUCAAUGUGACCUCCCCCGACCUCUUCCGCCUCGUCUUCCGCUACGUCAGCCGGGGGCCCGCCAGUGUGGAAGGGAGGGUCUCGGUCGUUGAGGAAGGAAAGUUUAAUGUUUGUGGCAACUGUAAGUGUGUGCCCGUCCCAGGUGUGCCCAUCCCAAGUGUGCCCAUCUCAGGUGGCCGGCCAGUGCCGUGCCACGGGAUGGCGAGGGAGGGGGAAGAGAGGCAGGCAGGCAGGCAGAAUAAAAUCAGAGUCACUGUAGACGUGAAGGAGGCAGAGCUCUAUCUGUUCCAUGUCAUCCUGAGGUAUAUUAAUUCAGGAGGGGCCACUGUGUAUGGCAAAAUUACAGCUUAUCAGCCACGAAGGAGAGGCAUUGCAGUGUCUUCUCAUCCAGCCAUGAGCUGCCGAAGAAGAAGAGCCACCAAAAGAUGGCUGAACAAGCCUAGAGACCGGGACAACAAAUACUCUGGGAAUCGACAUAAGCAAGACUGCAUGGGGACAGACCUGAGGCCAUUCAAGUGCCCUAGUGGGUGCAGCUCCUGUGUUCCCUCAAGGUUCCUGAAGCUUUCUCAGUCGAUUGUUUUGGAGGGGGGGCAAGUUCUGGCCAUUGCUCCUGACGUUCCCCUGGCUCAGGCUGUUCAUGUGGCUCCAGCUGGGGUCCCGGUGGAGCCUGCACCUCGGCCCCCCACGGCAGUGGACCCCACCGCAGAGCUCAUCCUUCUCCAGCCACCGCAGGCUGCUGUUGUGUUCAACAGCCGGAUCCAGGCCCUGGGACGCUAUGCUUUCAUCCUACACUACUACCAGCCCAACCAUCCCACCUUCCCCGUGGAAGUGUUAAUCAACGGUGGGCGCAUCUGGCAAGGUCAGACCAAUGCUAAUUUCUGCCCACACGGCUACGGGUGCAGGAGCCUGGUAGUUUCCGAGGACCAGAUUAUCCUGGAUGUUACCGAUAAUGAUCUGACUGUGGUUGUUCGAGUGCCAGAGGGCAGGUGGCCCCUGGAUUAUAUCCUUGUGGUGCCUGAGGACAGCUACAGCUCUCAGUACCUGCAGGAAGAACCCCUGGACAAGUCCUAUGAUUUCAUCAGCAGCUGUGGCAUCAACAGCUUCUACAUCAACCCCAGCACAUCGUCGAGGUUCUGCCGUGACUCUGCCAUCUCCCUCUCCCUCUUCUACAACAACGGGGCACAGCCCUGCCAGUGCCACGAGGCAGGGGCGCGGGGCAGGCAGUGCGAGCCCUUCGGCGGGCAGUGUCCCUGCAAGUCCAACGUCAUCGGGCGAGAGUGCUCCCGCUGUGCCACCGGCUACUGGGGCUUCCCCAGCUGCAGGCCCUGCGACUGCGGGACGCGUCUGUGCGAUGAAGUGACAGGGCAGUGCAUCUGCCCUCCGCACACCCUGAAGCCGGAGUGUGUCGUCUGCGAGCCCCAGACCUUCGGCUGCCACCCCCUCAUCGGCUGCGAGGACUGCAAUUGCUCUCGGCCCGGCGUGCAGGAGCUGACGGAGCCGGGCUGUGACGUGGACAGCGGGCAGUGCCGUUUUGCUAUUGGUUGUGUCCACAAAGGCUCCAACACACAGUGCCUCUGCAAGCCCGGCUACGCUGGACCCAACUGUGAGCGGUGUGCCCCGGGAUACUACGGCAAUCCCUUGGUGAUCGGCAGCUCGUGCCAGCCCUGCGACUGCAGCGGGAACACGGAUCCCAACAUGCUCUUCAGCAGCUGCGACUCCCUGACGGGCGCCUGCACGGGGUGCAUGCACCACACGGCCGGCACGCGGUGCGAGCUCUGUGCCCCCGGCUACUACGGGGACGCGGUGGCAGCCAAAAACUGCACACAAUGCAACUGUUCGCCUUGCGGGACUGACUCAUGCCAUCCACGCACUGGCCAGUGCUUCUGCAAGACUGGAGUGACAGGCCAGCACUGCGACCACUGCGAGGAGGGAUACUAUGGCUUCGAGGGAUGCUCCGGCUGCCGGAGGUGUGACUGCGAUGUCGGCGCUGUGGGGAGCAGCUGCCACGUGCAGACGGGCCAGUGCACCUGCCUGCCCGGCGUCAGCGGCCCACGCUGCCAGCAGUGUGCCCCGGGCUACUGGGGCUUCAGCCAGAGCGGCUGCACAAGGUGCGAGUGCAGAGGGGGCUCCUGCGACCCGCGCACCGGGGAGUGCACCUGCUCCAACGGGCUGACGGGGAAGCAGUGCGACGUCUGCAUGCACGAGCACGAGGUCCCCGUGGCAAACGGCCCGGACAGCGUGAGGUGUGAAGUGUGUGACAGCUGUGUCCUGCUUCUGCUGGAGGAUCUGCAGAGCAUCGAGAUGUCCUUCCCCUCCAUUCGCAACCAGCUGGUCAACCUCAACGCCAGCUCCAUCGCCUGGGCUCGCCUCCACGGUCUCAACGGCACUAUGGCAGCUGUCGCUAACCAGCUGCGUGAGUACCAGAGAGCCAUGAGCAAGGUCAGGCAAAGGGCUGACGAGCUGGAGGAUGAGAAUGUGGACCUCACACAGGACCUGAACGCUCUGCAGCACAAAAUGACAAUGACUCACAGAGAAGCAAACCGGAUUGAGCAGCACACGAAAGAGACUUACCAGAGGGGGGAGCAGCUCCUGCUAAAUAUCCAAAGCAUUCAGAAGGGCAUUGCAGACUUGGUGCGGCAGAUGGUCAGGUUUGGGGCAGCAAACGCCAGCACCACCUCCACCGAGGAGUUUCGGCAGAAGAUGGCCGAGGUGGAAAGAAUGCUGAGGGAGAUGAAGGAGCGGAGUCUGGGCAGCCAGGAGGAGCUGGCAAGGCGCGAGCACGAGGAGGCUCAGAAGCUGCUGCACCGGGUGAGGAGUGAGCUGCAUGCCCGCUGGGAAUCCAACCAGGACCUGGUGAGCAGCAUCCGGGAGCGGCUGGCGCAGCACAGCGCCCAGCUGAUGGAUCUCCGCGACGCCCUCAACGAGGCUGUGAACAAAACCAGGCAGACAGAGGACUUGAACAGCCUGAACCGCAACAACCUGGAGGAGAGUCAGCAAAAGAGCCGUGAACUCCAAAAGCAGCACAUGCUGGUGCAGGAGACCCUCAGGAUGGCCAAGGACUCUCUGGCCCAGGUCUCUGACUUCUUACAGAAGAUGGAGAGGGCGAAGGAGGCGUACGAGAAACUGGCAGCUCUGCUGGAUGGGGCGAAGCUGCCCCUGACUGAGCGGGUCAAGAAGUUCUCCCCGGCCAGCAGCAAGAUCCCCAUCGUGGAGCAGGCAGAGGAGCACGCCCGGCUCCUGGACGAGCUUGCGAGGAAUCUGUCCAGCAUUAUCCAGGGCACAAACCAGGAUGGCUUUAUCCAGAGGGCAAUCGAUGCCUCGAAUGCCUACGCCAGCAUCAUCGAAGCUGUGAAAAAAGCAGAGCGAGCAGCCCACGAUGCUGAUGAGGCGGCCGGCGAGGCUUUGAUGAAUGUCAUAUCAGAAAAUCUCGGGGCUAUCUCUAAAGAGCUGAAGAGGAACAGCAGCAACCUGGAGGAGUCUGUGAGGAGAGAGCAAAGAAAACUUAACGGGGCCAUUAAAGGCACUCUGCAGACAGCAAAGGACAAGCUGGCUGACCUCCGUGUGAAGAAGGAUCAGCUCCUGAGCCAGCUCCAGUCUGUGCAGGACAUGCUGGGCAGGGACCAAGAGGACACAAAAGAGAUGAUCCAGAAUGCCAAAGCAGCAGCUGCUGAGGCCAACGAAACAGCUGCGAGAGUGGAAGAUACCCUGAGCACCAUGAAGAAGCAGCUGGAUGAGUGGAAAGACCAGUACGGAGGCCUUCGAAAUGAAGACCUGAACCAGGCGGUCCAGGAUGCCAGGAAAUCUGUGUCCAGCCUGGAAAGCACCAUCCCGCUGCUGCUGGGGAAGCUGAGCAGCCUGGAGAACAGGAGGAACAAGAACGCCACCGUGUCGGAGAACAUUGUGCGGAUCCGUCAGCUCAUCACGCAGGCGAGGAACGCUGCCAGCAAGGUGAAAGUCCCCAUGAAGUUCAAUGGCAGCUCGGGCGUGCAGGUCCGGAUGCCCAGCAACCUGCAGGAUUUGGCAGCCUACACGUCCCUCAAAUUCUACAUCCAAAACCCCGAGCCCAGGAGCCGGCAGCGACGGCAGGAUGGGACAGAGGAGGGGCGGUUCGUGUUGUACCUGGGCAGCCGGGAGGCUGUUGGAGACUACCUGGGCAUCGUGCUCAAGGACCACAAAGUGCAGUGGGUCUACAAACUGGGUGAUGAGGAGCCAGCCUCCCUAACUGUUGACGAGGAUAUUGGAGAGCAGUUUGCCACCAUCAGCAUCAACAGGAUCCUGCAGUAUGGGCACAUGUCAGUGAUUGUGGAGAGGCAGACGGUGCACGAGACCAAGGGAGACAGCGUGGCCAAGGGGGAGCAAGGGCUGCUCAACCUCGACCCCCACAACGUGGUCUUCUACGUGGGUGGCUACCCCUCCAGCUUCACGCCUCCUCCCACUUUGCGCUAUCCCAACUACCGCGGGUGCCUGGAGCUGGACACGCUGAACGAGGAGGUGGUGAGCCUGUACAACUUCCAACACACCUUCCAGCUGGAUACCACCGCCGAGAAGCCCUGCGCAAGGUCCAAGUCCACAGGAGACCCCUGGUUGACUGAUGGCUCCUACUUUGAUGGCACCGGUUACGCAGAGAUCAAGUUUGAGAGCCAGUUUGGCACAACCAAGCGCUUCGAGCAGGAGAUCCGGGUGGUCUCCUACAACGGCAUCCUCUUCUUCCUGGAGAACCAGGGUCAGUUCCUGUGUCUGGCCAUCCGGGAUGGGAAGCUGGUGCUUUACUACGACUUCAGCACGGGCUUGGAGAUGGCAAAACCCAGCAGCAACUCCUCCUCCCUCACCAUCAGCAGCACCACAAACAAAGCGAUCCAGAUUUUCCUCCUCAAAAUGAAUAACAAGAAACGCAUUCUGGUGCGGCUGGAGCGCCUCACCAUCUUCAUGGUGGAGCAGGAGAACUCCCUGGAGAACGCUGUCUCCUACUACCUGGGUGGUGUGCCCCCAGCUGUGCUGCCCCCCAGCUUGAAAGCACUCUUCCCCACGGGUGGGCCCAUCCGGGGUUGCAUGAAGGGCUUGAAGGCUCUUGGCAAAUACGUCGACCUGAAGCGCAUGAGCACUGUCGGCGUGAGCUACGGGUGCACCUCGGACCUCCUGGUGGCUCGCUCAGUCAGCAUCCACGGCCACGGCUACCUGACCUUGGCCCUGAAGGAUGUGCCAGGGCUGAGGGACUUCUACAGCGGCUUCAGCUUCCGAACGAGCCAGCGUGAGGGGCUGCUGUACCACCACGCCACCCAGGAGGGGACGUGCCGGGUGUCCCUCCAGAGGGGCCAGCUGGCCUUGAACCUGCUGGAAACUGAAAUCACCACUGAAAAUACCUACGCGGAUGACAGGACCCACUACGCAGCCUUCUACAGCGAUGCCCGUGGGGUCCGGCUGUACGUGGACGACGAGCUGCAGGACACGGUGGUGGGUGCCAGGCCCGGCCGGCGGCAGCGGCGACAGGAUGGGUGGCCGCUCUUCCAGCUCGGGGGUUCGCCGGAGCCUGGUGCCCUCAGCAACCUCACCGGCUGCAUCGGGAAUGUCUUUGUCAAGAGGACGGCAGAGCCGCAGAUGGUGGUGGACCUGCAGCAGAACGCGGAGAGCAUCAACGUCACCAUGAGCUGUCCCUGGGGCGAGCAACCACAGCAGCUCAGAAUCACUCCAAAGAAGGACAGGCGGAAACCCAAGGUGCCGGGCAAGCCCGCCUGGAAGGACCGCCGCCACGAUCAGGAUGGGCUCUGCCGGCUGCACCCACAGCCCCGCGCAGCCGUGGGCACCUUCCGCUUCGGAGGUGCCCCGAGCAGCCGCUUGGAGUUCGAGGAGAUCCCAGUCUCCUUCGGGCAGAGGUCCUAUUUCUCCCUGGAGGUGAAGCUGAACUCCUCCAGCGGGCUGCUUUUCUACGUGGGGGGUGAGCGGGGCACCUUCCUGGCUCUCUUUGUCUCCAACGGGCGCUUUGUCUUCCUGCUGGACGUCGGCGGGCGCCAGCUGCGCAUCCGCAGCAAAGACAAGUACCGCGACCGGCAGUGGCACACGGUCUUCUUCAGCAGAGACCAGAGCCGAGCCCAGCUGGUCAUCGACGGGCUGCGAGCUCAGGGUGCUGCAGUGGCCACCGCAGGGCUCUUCGUGGCCCAGACCCCCUUGUAUGUAGGGGGGGUCCCAGCUGGAAAAGCCAAGGCUCACGUACCGGCUGCCUCGGCCUCCAGCUUCGACGGCUGCCUGAGGAACCCCCAGCUGGACGGGAGGCCCCUGGGGCGCCCCUCACACACCUUCGGGGUGACACCGUGCUACGAGGGCGCACUGGAGAGCGGGGUCUUCUUUGCUGCGGAUGGCGGGUCCAUCGUCCUGGCUGAUGCAGUGGUGACUGAGCAGGACUUGGAGGUGACACUGGAGGUCCGUCCCCGCAGUGCUUCUGGACUCAUCUUCCACAUCGGCACGAGGAGAAGCCGCCAUCUCCUGCUGUAUAUGGAGGAGUCAAAGGUCACCGUGAGAGCCGGCACUGGGGCUGGUGAGUUCUCCGCAUCGGUGACGUGCCCAUCUCUCUGUGACGGGCAGUGGCACACCAUUGCAGUUACCAAAUGGAAAAACAUCGUCCAGGUUGAUGUGGACACACAAGGCAACUACACAGCGGGACCCAGCCUGCCUCCUGCACCCAGCACAAGGGCGACCUUCUACGUGGGAGGGCUGCCAGAGACAGACAAUGACAGCACAGUGUCACCAUUACCUCCCCUCCCACAUUACGUGGGCUGUAUAAGGAACCUGGUGAUUAACCGGAGCCAUGUGGACCUGCCACGAGCCGGGACUGUCAGGGGCUCCGUUGGCCUUAGGGGCUGCCCCAUGCUGUAAGUAAGUGCACCUCCGUGUACAGCCUGACCGACAGAAAGCUGCACUGCUCCCCCGGCCCCAGGCAUCACCUACUUGAUAGCAUUAACCCUGGUGGGACAUACUUGAUCUCCAGUGACUGCAGGCACAAGUCUGGGGCCAAAACCAGAGAGGGGCCACAAAUCCAAGGGGAAGGAGGGCAGGCAGGAAGAAGGGGGCACUUCAGGGGCAUCUUUUACAAAUACAACCAAAAGGUUGGAGCAGGAUGUGGAGACAGGUCCGAGUCCUUGGUCAGGCGCCUGCCCCAGGGCUCAUCCUCCGCAGAGCCGUGUGUCGUGUCCUUGGCCCCGCUCCCGUCACCCCACACUCACAACGCACAUAGAUUUACUUCACAGAACACUUGAGGCUAUUAAUAACUGUCACAGCCUGUCUUCUGCUAAAGGCAGUGUCUGUUUUAUAAUAAAUGCAAUUAGGACAAACUGGAUUAAUUCCGUCACUUUUGUGUUUUUAUAAGCAAGGACAUGUUUAAGCCACCCCCCCGUCCCUGGAGCAGUCUCGGUUCACCUGCCACGGCUAAAAGCUCUGCAAGGGGGCACUUGGACAAAAUUCUGUUCACAGAAUUAGCAUCUUCUUAUCAGAUUCAUUUAUAAGAAUCAAAAAAAAAAAAAAAAGGAACAAAACAGGCUGGAAGCACUGCUGAG